AUGGCAAACGAACUUUUAAGCGAGUUAUCUAAUGAUAUGGGUAAAUUAUUGGAUCAAGAAGAUGAUUAUAAUGUAAUCAUAAAAGCCGGAGAAGGAAAUGAUUCACGAGAAUUUAAAGUUCAUUCAUUAAUUUUGAGGGCGAGAUGUACUUAUUUUCGAAGUGCACUUUCAAAUAAUUGGGCUCAUAGAGAAAGUGGAAUUAUUAAUUUUAAUAAACCAAAUAUUUCUCCUAAAAUUUUUGAAAUUUUACUUAAAUAUUUAUAUACGGCUGAAAUUGAAUUAUCUAAACAUGAAAUUACGAUCCUUCUUCAAAUUUUGAUCGCCGCUGACGAAUUAAAUUUACAAAAAUUAAUUUUUCAUGUUGAACAAUAUUUAUUAGAAAAUCAAUAUGAUUAUAUAAGAAAGGAUCCAAUUAAAAUUCUUAAAAUAACUUUUAGACAUGAAGUAUGUUCAAUAUUAAGGGAUUAUUGUUUUGAAGUAAUAUGUGAGGAUCCAAAUCUAUUAUUUAAAUCAAAAGAAUUUUUAACUUUAGAUAAAUCAUUAUUAUUAUCAUUAAUUAAACGUGAUGUUAUAAAUUUAGAAGAAAUUGAUCUUUGGAAUAAUUUAAUUAAAUGGAGUUUAUCACAAAUCAAUAAUAAUAAUAAUAAGGAUGAAAAAUUUUCUAAUUGGAAUGAAGAUAAUAUUAAUAAUUUAAGAGAUUUAAUUCAAGAUUUUAUUCCUUUAAUUAGAUGGUUUCAAAUUACUUCAAGUGAAUUUAGGAAAUAUAUUUUACCUUAUAAAAAAAUUAUACCAAAAGAUUUAUUUCAUGAAAUUUUAUGUUAUAAUUUAGAUACUUCAUAUGAGGUUAAAACUAUUAUUUUACCCCCAAGAAUUUCACAAAAAUCUGGUAAAUUGGAUUCUUUAUUAAUUGAACAAAAACAUGCUGCAAUAAUUUCAAGUUGGAUUGAUAAACAAGAAAUCAAUUUUUAUGAUCGUAAAAGGUUACCUUAUUCAUUUAAAUUAUUAUAUAGAGCGAGUAGGGAUGGUUUUUCAGCAAAAAAAUUUCAUAAAUUAUGUGAUAAUAAAGGUUCAACUGUUACUAUAACAAAAGUUCGUUCAAAUGGUAAAUUAAUUGGUGGUUAUAAUCCAUUGGAUUGGAAACCUCAUUCAGAAUUAUCUUAUUUAUCAGGUGAUAGUUGUUGGUAUUCUACUUUUGAUAGUUUUUUAUUUUCUUUUCCAUUAAAACCUUCUUCAAAUGACAAUUUUACUCCAAAAAUAGCUAGAAUAGGAAAUGGUGGUAAUAUUUCAGAUUAUGCAAUAGGUUAUAAUAUCAAUUAUGGUCCUUCUUUUGGUGGUGGUUGGGAUUUUUCUAUUCAAGAUAAUAAUUUAAUUUAUAGUUAUGGUCCUUAUUCUUAUCCUGAUUGUGGUAAUUUUAUAGCCAAAAAUCAGCAACUUAAAAUAGAUGAUUAUGAAGUAUUUCAAAUAAUCAAAAAAUGA